AUGCGGGAUUUUCUCUUCCUGGUGCGUCCCGUGGAGAUAGGGAAUCGCCACAGCAAGAAGCUGCAUGCAUUGAUGAAGCAACCGUUUGAUCCUGAUAGUCCCUUUCCGGAUGUUCUGAGCAUCGCACGGUCUCCACCACCCGGAGAACUGCUGAUAGCCAACCGGAUCGACCAUCAAGAAAAGGAGGUGUGGAUUCCAGUGACCGAGAGCCCAUGGGUGAUAAGCCGUCACACAGUGGCGAGCGUCGAUCAACAAUCCGAUGACACGAGCAUCGAGGAGCCAGACCGUGGCAUAAGAAUCUUGUUCGAAACAUAA